AUGAACGAGAAGCAGAUCCUUGCUAAUAACGACAAGGCCACCGCUGAGGCUUACAACAUUGAUGCUUCUAUGGAUCGUGAAGUUCAAGCUGGACCUGUCUCAACCAGCCCCAAUAGCCCCUACGGCGAGAGCCAGCCGCCAGGAUACCAGUUGGAAGCACAGCUGGACGCCGCUCCAACUGCAGGCCCAGUUGCUGCUCCAGCAGUUGCUACCAUAGUCGCUGCACCAGGCCAGGCAAUGAUAGUCAACGGUGUUGGGGGCGUGCAAGUUGCAGGGUCCUCAUAUAUCGAGGUGGCCGACGUGCCAGCCAGAGUGACGUGCCCAAAGUGUCAAAAGGACAUAGUCACCCAGAUUGAGACCAAGACAGGAACUCGCACUGUUGUAGUGGCAGUUGCUGUGUUUGUUGCGUUUUGGCCUUUGGCGUGGGUUCCUUUCAUGUCGAAGCGCCUGAAGAAAAAGAUCCAUGUUUGCCCACAUUGCCACCACAAGCUGGGCAAAAUAAUUUCGUUGACCACUGUGGGCCCAGUCCACCAAUAG